GGGAAUCUGGUCACAAUGUGGCAACACCUUUACACAGAGCAGCACGUCAGUACCUCAGCCUGGCUCACCUACAGCCGAGAAGAAGAGGUCAACGCUUACCUCCAGGGGCAGAUGUGCUGUGUGGACGAACGAGACCGAGUGCAGAAGAAGACGUUCACGAAAUGGGUCAACAAGCACCUGAUGAAGCACUGGAGAGCGGAGGCCCAGCAGAGCGUGGAUGACCUCUACGAAGAUUUACGUGAUGGACAUAACCUGAUUUCACUGCUCGAGGUCCUGUCUGGGGACUCACUGCCGAGGGAACGGGACGUAAUGAAGAACGUGAGGCUGCCCCGUGAGAAGGGAAGAAUGCGAUUCCACAAACUGCAGAAUGUUGGGAUCGCCCUGGAAUAUCUCAAACACCGUCAGGUCAGAUUGGUGAAUAUUCGGAAUGACGACAUCGCAGAUGGAAACCCCAAGCUAACCCUAGGCUUGAUCUGGACCAUUAUCCUUCACUUCCAGAUUUCGGAUAUCCAGGUAAGCGGCCAAUCUGAGGACAUGACAGCGAAGGAGAAGCUGCUACUGUGGUCACAGAGGAUGGUGGAGGGUUACCCCGGGUUACGGUGUGACAACUUUAGCAGCAGCUGGAGAGAUGGCAAACUCUUCAACGCUGUUAUCCACCGCCACAGACCGACGCUGAUCGACAUGAACAAGGUUUACCGGCAGAGGAACGUGGAGAACCUGGAGCAGGCCUUCACUGUGGCCGAACACGAAUUCGGAGUCACCCGACUCCUGGAUCCCGAGGAUGUUGAUGUUCCUCACCCCGAUGAAAAGUCCAUCAUCACCUACGUAUCGUCGCUGUACGAUGCCGUGCCCCGUGUCCCUGACGUACAAGACGGUGUCAAAGCCAACGAGACACAGCUGUGCUGGCAGGAAUACUAUGAGUUGGUGACAAUCCUGAUCCAGUGGAUCCGACAUCACAUCGUCACCUUUGAGGAACGUCGCUUCCCUGGCACCUACGAGGAGAUGGAGGUUCUCUGGAGACAAUUCCUGAAGUUUAAGGAAACCGAACUUCCAGCAAAAGAAUUGGAUAAAACGCGGAGCAAAGCCAUGUUCCGAGGAUUGGAGAGCGCCGUACAGGAAGGACAUCUGAAGAUUCCUGUGGGUUACCACCCGAUUGACGUGGAGAAGGAGUGGGGGAAGCUUCACGUCUCCCUGUUGGAGCGAGAGCGGGUUCUGCGCAUUGAGUUUGAGAGGUUGGAGCGGUUCCAGCGCAUCGUCAGCAAGAUCCAGGUGGAGUCAGGCGUGUGUGAGGAGCAGCUUAAACAGUGCGAUUCCUUGCUCAAAACUGAUAUCACGCUGCUGAACGCAGGGAAAGCUCCUCAGAGCUCUGCCGUGCUGCACCACGACCUGGACAAGGCCGACUCCAUGAUCCGCCUCCUCUUCAACGAUGUCCAGACCCUGAAAGAUGCUCGGCAUCCACAGGCGGAGCCCAUGUACCGCAGGGUUUUCCGUCUCCACGAGCUGCUGGUGGCCAUCCGCACGGAUUACUCUCUGCGGUUCAAGUCUGGAGCUCAGACCAUUCAGCAGGUGACGGUGAGCAGCACGUUCAAGGGCCGCAGUGACCUGGACCAUGCCACCCUGCGCUAUGUGCAGGACCUGCUGGCCUGGGUGGAGGAGAACCAGAAGAGGAUCGACGGGAGCGAGUGGGGGGUGGACCUGCCCACCGUGGAGUCCCAGCUCGGCUCCCAUCGUGGCCUCCAUCAGUCCAUCGAGGAUUUCCGGGCCAAGAUCGAGAGGGCUCGUACUGAUGAGGGACAGCUAUCUUCGGCCAAUCAGGGGUCCUACCGCGACUACCUCGGGAAACUGGACCUGCAGUACGCCAAGCUCCUGAACACGUCCAAGUCACGCCUGCGUAACCUGGAGAGCCUGAACACGUUUGUUUCUAUGGCGACAAAAGAGCUGAUGUGGCUGAACGACAAAGAGGAGGAGGAAGUGAACUGCGACUGGAGCGAACGCAACAACAACAUGGCUGCCAAGAAAGACAACUACUCGGGGCUGAUGAAAGAGCUCGAGGUGAAGGAGAAGAAAGUGAACAGUAUUCAGAACACAGGAGACAAAUUAUUGCGUGAGGGCCACCCUGGCAAACAGACCAUUGAGGCCUUCAUGGCAGCUCUGCAGACACAGUGGAGUUGGAUCCUGCAGCUUUGCUGCUGCAUUGAAGCUCAUCUCAAAGAGAAUACGGCUUACUUUCAGUUUUUCUCUGAUGUCCGGGACGCGAACGAGUACCUGAAGAAGAUGGAGGAAUCCAUGAAGAAAAAAUACUCGUGCGAUCGAUCUGUCACGGUCACCCGGCUCCAGGACCUUCUGCAAGAUGCCUCAGAUGAGAAGGAGGCACUGACUGACUAUAAGGAGCAUCUCUCUGGCCUCAGUAAACGAGCGAAGACCAUUGUGCAGCUGAAGCCUCGGAGCGCGGCCUGCCCGCUGGCCAGCCGCACGCCCACCAAGGCUGUGUGUGAUUACCGGCAGAUGGAGAUCACAGUACACAAGGGAGACGAAUAUUCGCUGCUCAAUAACUCACAGCCCUACAAGUGGAAGGUGGUGAGUGCGUCUGGGGGCGAGGCUGUUGUGCCCUCUGUCUGUUUCAACAUCCCCCCACCCAACAGGGACGCACUGGACUCUGUCACCAGGCUGGACUCCAUGUUACAGGGUGUGCUCACUCUCUGGCACCAUUUCCAUGUUGACAUGAAGACGCUGCUCUCAUGGUUGUACCUUCAGAGAGACAUCCACCAAAUCCGCUCCUGGACUCUGCUCAUGCUGCGCAGUCUGAGUGCGGAGGAGUACAAGCUGCUGAUACAACGGCUGGAGGUUCACUAUCAGGACUUCCUGAGGGAGAGCCAGGACUCCCACAGCUUCGGGCCCGAGGACAGGAUCCAGAUGGAGAAGGAUUACAAGAUGACCAUCCAGCACUAUGAGAAACUGCUCCGCAGCCUGGAGAAAGACGAGGAGGACGAGUCGAGUUGCCAGACGUACAUCUCACAACUGAAGGACAUUCGGCUCCACCUGGAGUCGUGUGAGACCCGAACCAUCCAACGCCUGCGGCUGCCACUGGACAAGGAGCCACUACAGGAGUGUACACAGAGACUGAGCGACCAGCAGAAAAUCCACAGUGAGCUGGACAGCAUCAAGAGGAACCUGAAGACAGUGAAUGAGAAGACGGAGCUGGUCCUAUCGAUGCCAGACGUGGGCAGUGGCCCCGCCCUGCGCUCCGCCCUGGACAUCACCCAGCAGAAGAUGGAGCGUGUGUACAGCCUCUCCACGGUCUACCUGGAGAAACUGAAGACGGUGGAGGUCGUGAUUCGCAGCACUGAGGGCGCUGAGAAGAUGGUGAAGAAAUACGAGGACAAACUGCGCAACGUCAACACUGUCCCCUCCGACACCAACAGCCUAGAGAGCUACAAAAAACAGCUGAAGGAGCUGCGGGCAGAGCUGGAGAGACAGCAGCCACAGUUUGACACGCUGGACACUGAGCUGAGCAAAGCGCGCGCUGUGAACGAGCGGAUGAUCCGGAGUCACAGUGAGCGUGACGUGGACCUGGAGCGGUUCAGGGAGUGGGUUCAGCAGUUGCUGGAGCGCUGGCAGGGGGUGCACACCCAGACCGAGACCCGGGCUCGAGACCUGGAGCAGCUGGGCCGACAGCUACACUAUUACCGCGACUCCUACCAGCGGCUGAUGAGCUGGAUCGAGGAAACCAAACAGCGUCAGGAGCAGCUCCAAAGCCGGACAGGCGGCAAAGGCAACCACGUCAGCCAACAGCUGCUACAACAGCGGAAACUCAUGGACGAAAUUGAGAAGAAGAAAGAAAAAGUGGACGAGUGCGAGAGGUUUGCCAAACAGUACAUCGAUGCCAUCAAGGAUUACGAGCUGCAGUUGGUGACGUACAAAGCUCAGGUGGAACCAGUGACGUCGCCGGUGAAGAAGCCGAAGGUUCAGUCGGCCUCAGACACCGUGAUCCAGGAGUAUGUGGAGCUCAGGACUCGCUACAUUGAGCUGAUGACCCUGUGCAGCCAAUACAUCCGCUUCCUGGUGGAGACACAGAGCAGAUUGGAGCAGGAGGAGAAAACGGCAGAGAAACUGAAGGCGGAGGAACGUCGCAAGCUGGAGGAGGUGGAAGCCGAGCUGGAGAAGCAGCGCCAACUGGCCCAGGCUCACGCCAAAGCCAAGGCCCAAGCCGAGAGAGAGGCCAAGGAACUGCAGCUGAAGAUGGAAGAGGAGGUGAGCAAGCGAGAGAUCGUGGCGGUGGACGCUCAGCAGCAGAAGCAGAACAUCCAACAGCAGCUGCAGCAGCUCCGCCAGUCCUCGGAGACUGAGAUCCAGAACAGGACCAAGAUCGUGGAGGAGACACUUGUCAGCCGCACUAAGAUCGAGGAGGAGAUCCGAGUGAUUCGCCUCCAGCUGGAGGCCUCGCAGAAGCAGAAAGCCGGGGCCGAGAGCGAGGUUCAGCAGUUGAGAUCGCGGGCCGAGGAGGCGGACAAGCAGAGGAGGGUCCUGCAGGACGAGGCUGAGAGGCUUCGCAAGCAGGUCAACGAGGAAGCCCAGCGUAAGAAACAGGCCGAAGAGGAGCUGAAGGUCAAGGUGCAGGCAGAGAGCGAGGCGGCCAGGGAGAAACGCAAGGCCCUGGAGGACCUGCAGCACUUCAAGAACAUGGCAGCCGAGGCAGAGAGGAAGAUGAAGCAGGCGGAGGUGGAGAAGGAGCGUCAGAUCCAACUAGCUCAUGACGUGGCCCAGAAGAGCGCGGUGGCCGAACUCCAGAACAAACGCAUGUCCUUCGAGCAGAAAACCAGUGAGCUGGAGAUGUCCCUCAAGCAGGAGCACCUGGCCGUCACCCAGCUUCAGGAGGAAGCCAGCCGGCUCAAGAGGCAACAGGAAGAGGCGGACAGGGCCAGGGAAGAGGCCGAGAAGGAGCUGGAGAAGUGGCAGCAGAAAGCCAACGAGGCCUUGAGGCAGAGGCUCCAGGCCGAGGAGGUGGCCCACAAGAAGACCUUGGCUCAGGAAGAGGCUGAGAAACAGAAGGAAGAGGCCGACAGGGAGGCCAGGCGCAGAGCGAAGACUGAAGAGUCGGCCGUCAGGCAGAAAGAAAUGGCGGAGGAAGAGCUGGAGAAGCAGAGGCGUCUCGCUGAGGAAACAGCCCAGCAAAAGCUAACAGCCGAGCAGGAGCUGAUCAGGCUGCGGGCCGAGACUGAGAAUGGGGAGCAACAGCGCAUCCUGCUGGAAGACGAACUGUAUCGGCUGAAGAAUGAGGUGACCGAUGCCCUGAGGCAGAGGAAGACCUUGGAGGAGGAACUGGCCAAAGUGCGGGCGGAGAUGGAGUUGCUCCUGCAGAACAAGGUCAGGGCCGAGGAGGAGAGCAGGUCCAACUCGGAGAAGACUAAGCAGAUGUUGGAGAGCGAGGCCACCAAGAUGAAGGGUUUGGCCGAAGAAGCGGCUAAGCUGCGGGCGGUGGCUGAGGAGGCCAAACGGCAGCGUCAGGCAGCCCAGGAUGAAGUGGUCCAUCAGCGCGGAGAGGCUGACCGCAUCCUGAAGGAGAAACUGAUGGCCAUCACAGAGGCCACCCGCUUGAAGACGGAGGCCGAGAUGGCACUGAAGGAGAAGGAGGCGGAGAACGAGAGGCUGAGGAGGCUGGCAGAGGACGAGGCCUAUCAGAGGAAGGCCUUGGAGGAGCAGGCCGAACAGCACAAGAAAGACAUUGAGGAGAGGAUCGGGCUCCUCAGGAAGAGCUCAGACAUGGAGCUGGAGAGGCAGAAAACGAUCGUGGAGGAGACCCUCAAGCAUCGCAGGAUCAUCGAGGAGGAGAUCAGGAUCCUCAAGGUCAACUUCGAAAAGGCCUCAGAGGGCAAGUCGGACCUAGAGAUCGAGCUGGGCAAGCUGAAGAGCGUGGCUGAGGAGACGCAGCAAAGCAAGGAGAGCGCAGAGGCGGAGGCUGAGAGACAGCGAGCCCUGGUCCAGGAGGAAGCCAAAAAGAGGCAGGAGGCGGAGAGGAAGGUUAAGGAGAUCCUAGCGGCCGAGCAGGAGGCUGCCCGGCAGAGGAAGACGGCCCUGGAAGAGGUGGGAAGGCUCAAGAACAAGGCGGAAGAGGCAUGGAGGCAGAAGGAGCUGGCGGAGACGGAGGCGACGAGGCAGAUCAGCCUGGCUCAAGAGGCUGCGCAGAAGAGGCUGGUGGCUGAGGAGAAGGCCCACCAGGCCACCGUGCAGCAGAAGGAGGAGGAGCUGCAGCAGAGCAGGAUGCAGGAACAGACGACAGUGGGCAGCCUGAGGGAACAGGCCGAACAAGCAAGGCGCCUGGCGGAGGAGGCUGAACAGGCCAAGUUUCAGGCCGAGCAGGAGGCCGCACACUGCCGCCAGCAGGCUGAGGAGGCCGAGAGGCUCAAACAGCAGGCGGAGAAGGAAGCAGCCAAGAAAGCCCAAGACCAGAGCGACGCCGAGAGGCUAAGGAAGGAGGCCGAGUUGGAGGCCGCCAAGCGGGCACAGGCCGAGCAGACGGCCCUCAGGCUGAAGGAGGCUGCGGACGCCGACAUGGAGAAGCACAAGAAGUUUGCGGAGCAGACUCUGAGGCAGAAGUCGGCGGUGGAGGCCGAGCUGACCAAGGUAAAAGUCCAGCUGGAGGACACGGAUCAUCAGAAGAGUGUGCUGGAGGAGGAGAGGCAGAGGCUGAAGACCGAGGUGGGUGAGGCCAUGAAGCAGAAGAACCAGGCCGAGGAGGAGCUCUUCAAGGUUAAGAUCCAGAUGGAGGAGCUGGUCAAGCUCAAGCGGAGGAUCGAAGAGGAGAACAAGGUCCUGAUGAUGAAAGACAAGGACAAGACACAGCGGCACCUGGAGGAGGAGGCGGAGAGGAUGAAGCAGCUGGCGGAAGAGGCCGCCAGGCUAAGUGUGGAGGCCCAGGAGUCGGCCAGGCAGAGGAAGAUGGCGGAGGAGGACCUGAGCCACCAGCGAGCCCUGGCCGACAAGAUGUUGAAGGAGAAGAUGCAGGCCAUGCAGGAAGCCACACAGCUCCGUGCUGAAGCCGAGCUGCUGCAGAGGCAGAGAGACCAGGCCGAGGAGCAGGCCCAGAAGCUCUCCGCAGACAAGCGGCAGAUGCAGGAACGCUUAGCCGCAGAGGCCGAGGAGUACCAGAAGACCCUGGAGGCCGAGCGCCGGCGACAGGCACAAAUGAGCGAGGAGUCGGAGAGGCUUAAGGACCUGGUGUCUGAGCUGACCCAAGCCCAGGCCAAAGCCGAGCAGGAGGCCGAGAGGUUCAGGAAAGAGGCCAACUCCAUCGGAGGCAAACUGCGGGAGACGGAGGAAGCCACCAGGGAGAAGAACGACUCCGUGCGUAGGCUGGAGAUGCAGGUGGCUGAGUCGGACCAGGAGGCGAGCGGCCUGAGGGAGGCCAUCGCUGAGCUGGAGAGGGAGAAAAUCAAGCUCAAACAGGAGGCUGAGCUUCUGCACAGCAAGGCCAAAGAGAUGGAGUCUGCCCAGAAGCAGCAGAUCGUGCAGGAGACUCACGUCUUGCAGCAAACCUUCCUGACGGAGAAGGACGUCCUCCUGAAGAAAGAGAAGAUGAUCGAGGAGGAGAAGAUCAAGCUGGAGCUACUUUACGAAGAGGAGCUGGGCAAAUCCACCUCGCUGAGGCACGAGCAGGAUCGGCAGAUGAGUGAGCUGGAGGAGGAGAAGCGAAGACUGCAAGAGAGCAUGACCGAUGCCCUGCGCAAGCAGAGGGAGGCUGAAGAGCAGGCGCGGAGGAUGCAGAGCGAGCUGCAGGAGCGAGAGAAGCAACGGCAGGACCAGGAGAAGGCACUGGGCGACGAGAACAAGGCCCUGAGAGAUAAGCUGCAGCAGCUGGAGUUGCAGAAAGCCGAGGCGGAGGCGCUGAGAAAGACGACCGACAUCGUGGACGGAGUGGAAUUCAUCCGACCCAUGGUGAUCGGUACUGUGCCCACUGUCUCCAACGGCAGGGAGGCAGCGCCCGCUGAGCCAGACCGCUUCUCCUUCCAGGGGCUGCGACGGCCAGUGUCGGCUGAUCGGCUACACCGGGCCGGCGUCAUCAGUAAAAAGCUCCUGGAGAAGCUGAAGAAAGAGACUGUGUCGGUCCAGGAACUGGCUGAGAAAGACAACGUCAAGGGUUACCUGGAGGGCAAGAGCAGCGUGGCUGGUCUCCUCCUCCAGCCCAACAAUCAGAAGAUGAGCAUCUACCAGGCCAUGAAGAAGGGGCUCCUCAACCCCAACACGGCGGCCACCCUCCUGGAGGCUCAAGCCGCCUCCGGCUUCAUCAUCGACCCCAUUAAGAACCAGAAACUCUCCGUCAACGAGGCCAUAAAGGAGAACGUGGUUGGUCCUGAGUUCCAAGACAAGCUGUUGUCCGCAGAGCGAGCGGUGACUGGUUACAAGGACCCCUACACUGGGAACACCAUCUCCUUGUUCCAAGCCAUGAAGAAGGACCUCAUUGUGAAGGAACACGGUAUUCGUCUACUGGAGGCACAGAUUGCCACUGGGGGCAUUAUUGACCCAGUGAACAGCCACCGCCUUCCACUGCACGCAGCCUACAAAGAGGGCUUGUUUGAUGAGGAGAUGAACCGGAAACUGGGCGAGGACAGCGACGAGGUUAAAGGGUUUGUUGAUCCCAACACUCAGGACAACCUCACGUAUGCUCAGCUGAAGGAACGAUGUAAGAAGGACCCGGACACCGGGCUCUACCUCUUGCCUCUGACGGAACAGGCUCUGAAAGGCGAACAAGGUUACACGACUGAACAAACCCAGGACGUCUUUAGCAAGGCCACGAUUUCCGUGCCGGGCGGCAGGUUCUCCGGCAAGACGAUCACCAUCUGGGAGCUCAUCAAUUCUGAGUAUUUCACCGAGGAGCAGCGUCGGGAUCUGAUCCGGCAAUACCGGUCGGGAAGAGUCACCAUCGAGAAGAUCAUCAAAUUCAUCAUCACCAUCAUCGACGAAACAGAGACCAAGAAGCAGCUUCUGGUGGACGGUCUGAGGGACAAGGUCCCGGCCAGCAAGCUGCUGGAGGCCAAGAUCAUUGACAAGAAGACCUUUGAGGAGCUACAGCAGGGGAAGAAGAGACCUGAGGAGGUGGAGCAGGUGGAGACGGUGAAGAAAUACCUCAAGGGUUCGGACAGCAUUGCCGGUGUCUUUGUUGAGCCCACCAAGGAGACGUUGAACAUCUACGAAGCCAUGAAGAAGAACCUCCUGAGACCAGGCACGGCCGAGCUGCUAUUGGAAGCUCAGGCAGCCUCUGGCUUCAUCAUCGACCCGGUGAAGAACCUGAGACUGUCUGUGGAUGAAGCGGUCAAGAUGGGAGUCGUCGGCCCAGAGCUACACGAGAAACUACUGUAUGCGGAGAGAGCAGUAACUGGGUACAAAGAUCCCUACACGGGGAACACCAUCUCCUUGUUCCAGGCCAUGAAGAAAAGUCUUCUCCUCAAGGACCACGGUGUGCGUUUACUCCAGGCACAGUUGGCAUCCGGUGGCGUGAUUGACCCAGAGAACAGCCACCGUCUGCCCCUGGAUGUGGCCUACACACGAGGCAUGUUAGAUGAGGAGACCAAUAAGAUGCUAUCUGACAACACUGAGGAGACCAAGGGCUUCACUGAACCCAACACUGAAGAUAGGGUCUCCUACCAGCAACUGAAGGACAGAUGCACAAGGCACCCGCAGACAGGGUUCUGCCUCUUGCCAUUGACAGAGGAAACGGUCAAAUCCAAGCUGGUUUACGAUGAAGAGCAAACGAAGAAUGCCUUUGGGAAGAACACAGUCUCCGUGCCUUCUGGGAAGUUUUCCGGUAAAACGAUCACCAUCUGGGAGCUGAUCCACUCUGAGUAUUUCACCGAGGAGCAGAGGAGGGACCUGAUCCGGCAAUACCGAUCUGGCAAAGUCACGGUGGAGAAGAUUAUCAAAAUCGUCAUCACCAUCAUCGAGGAAACGGAAACCAAGAAGAAGCCGCAAAUCACUUUGGAUGGUCUGAGGGAGAAGGUCCCGGCCAGCGAGCUGCUGGAGGCCAAGAUCAUUGACAAGAAAACCUUCGAGGAACUACAGCAGGGGAAGAAGAGACCUGAGGAGGUGGAGCAGGUGGAGACGGUGAAGAAAUACCUCAAGGAUUCGGACAGCAUCGCCGGGGUCUUUGUUGAGCCCACCAAGGAGACGUUGAACAUCUACGAAGCCAUGAAGAAGAACCUCCUGAGACCAGGCACGGCUGAGCUGCUAUUGGAAGCUCAGGCAGCCUCUGGCUUCAUCAUCGACCCGGUGAAGAACCUGAGACUGUCUGUGGAUGAAGCGGUCAAGAAGGGGGUCAUCGGCCCAGAGCUACACGAGAAACUGCUGUCCGCAGAGAAGGCGGUGACCGGGUACAAAGACCCCUACACAGGGAACACCAUCUCCUUAUUCCAGGCCAUGAAGAAAAAUCUUCUCCUAAAGGAACACAGUGUACGAUUACUCCAGGCACAGUUGGCAUCUGGUGGAGUGAUUGACCCAGGGAACAGCCACCGUCUGCCCCUGGAUGUAGCCUACGAGCGGGACAUGUUAGAUGAGGAGACCAACAAGAUGUUGUCUGACAACACUGAAGAGACCAAGGGUUUCACUGAACCCAACACUGAAGAGAAAAUCUCCUACCAGCAGCUGAAGGACCGAUGUAGAAGACACCCGAAGACUGGGUUCUGCCUGGUCCCACUGUCGGAGAAGACGGUCAAAACCGAGGACUUUCACUCCGAGGAGCUUACCAAAGAUGUCUUCAAAAAGGCCACUGUGGACGUUCCUUCCGGCAAAUUCUCCAGCAGGACGGUCACCAUCUGGGAGCUCAUCAACUCCGAGUAUUUCACCGAGGAGCAGAGGAAGGAGCUGAUCCGGCAAUACCGAUCCGGCAAAGUCACGGUGGAGAAGAUCAUCACAAUCGUCAUCACCAUCAUCGAGGAGACGGAAACCAAGAAGAAGCCACAGAUCACCUUGGACGGUCUGAGGGAGAAGGUCCUGGCCAGCGAGCUGCUAGAGGCCAAGAUCAUUGACAAGAAGACCUUCGAGGAGCUACUGCAGGGGAAGAAGAGACCUGAGGAGGUGGAGCAGGUGGAGACGGUGAAGAAAUACCUCAAGGGUUCGGACAGCAUCGCCGGGAUUCUUGACCAAUCCACUAAUGAGAAGAUGAGCAUCUACGAGGCUCUGAAGAGGAAUCUGCUCCAACCCAGCACGGCCGAGGAGCUAUUGGAAGCCCAGGCAGCCUGUGCCUUCCUCAUCGAUCCCGUGAAGAACCAGAAACUCUCCGUCAACGAAGCCAUCAAGGCAGGAGUGGUCGGCCCGGAGCUGCACGGUAAACUGCUCUCUGCGGAGAAAGCGGCCACCGGUUACCGGGACCCAUACACGGGAACUAAGAUCUCUUUGUUCCAAGCCAUGAAAAAGGACCUUGUCCUCAAGAAGCAAGGUACCCGCCUGCUGGAGGCACAGAUGGCAACGGGAGGCAUCAUUGACCCGGUCAACAGCCACCGCCUCCCCCUGAACGUGGCCUUCGAGAGGAAUAUGUUGGACGAGGAGACGAACAGGAAGCUGUCCGACCCCAGUGAUGAGGCCAAAGGAUUCAGUGACCCCAACACUCAGGAGAGGGUGAGCUACAGAGAGCUUCUGCAGAGAUGCACUAAGGAGCCCGGCACAGGCUUGUCGCUGCUGCCCCUGAGGAGCAGCGAGAAGCCGAGGACCGUGGAAACCACCAUCCACACCGAGACCGAGACACGGCAGCUCUUCGAAGACACGUCCAUCGAAAUCCCAGCUGGCUUGCAGGCCGGCUCCUCGAUGUCCCUGUGGGAGGUGAUGAACUCGGAGCUGCUGUCCGAGGAGGAGAAGCGCAGACUGACCAUGGAGUAUCGCAGCGGCAAGAUCACGCGGGAGAGACUGGUGGUGAUCAUCAUCGAGAUCCUGCAGCAGAUCGAGAUCCGCAGCGUCUCCGAGAGCUUUCAUUUCAGCGGCUUCUGGGGGAAGGUCAGCGCCGAGGAACUCUUUGCCUCCCGCAUCAUCGACCAGGAGACCUUCAACCUGCUGAGGGAGCACCGGAAGACAGUGCAGGAGGUGUGCGAGAUGGAGACCGUCCGUGGGUACCUGUUGGGCACCGGAGUCAUCGCUGGCAUCUAUGUGGCCGCCACCAAGGAGACUCUGAGCUUGUACCAGGCCAUGAAGAAAGGUUUGGUGAAAGCGGACGCUGCCAUCGCCCUGCUGGAGGCCCAGGCGGCCACAGGGGCCAUGGUGGAGCCGGCGACGAGCGAGCAUUUGAAUGUGGAUGAGGCAGUGAGGCGGGGGGUGGUGGGCCCUGAGUUACACGACGCCCUCCUCUCCGCUGAGCGGGCGGUGACCGGCUACAAGGACCCCUACACCGGCCGCCUCGUGCCCUUGUUCCAGGCCAUGAAGAAACAGUUGAUUGUGGCUGACUACGCCACCCGUCUCCUGGAGGCUCAACUCUCCACCGGGGGCAUAGUGGACCCCGAGCACCGACACCGCCUGCCCCUGGAGGUGGCCUAUCAGCGUGGCUGCCUGGACAAGGAGACACAGCGGCUGCUGACAGACCCCGCCGCGGGGGUGAAGGGCUUCUCCGACCCCAACACUGAGGAGCGGCUGAGCUACAGGCAGCUGCUGGGCCGGUGUAGGCCGGGGCCUGGCCCUGGGCUGCUCCUCCUACCCCUGUCUGAUAAGAAGAAGCUGAUGUUCAAAGGCCUGCGUAAGCAGAUCACCAUGGAGGAACUGGUACAGUCCAACAUCAUCGAGGAGGCCACGGUUCUGAAGCUAGAGAGUGGUCUGACCACAGUGGAGGAGGUUAGUAAUUCGAUCAGGAGCUACCUAGAAGGCACCAGCUGCAUCGCGGGCGUCUACGUGGAGGCCACCAAGGAACGUCUGUCCAUCUACCAGGCCAUGAAGAAAGGCAUGAUUAGGCCGGGAACGGCCUUCGAGCUGCUGGAAGCACAAGCGGCCACGGGCUACCUGAUCGACCCCAUCAAGAACCGCAAGCUGCCCGUGCUGGAGGCUGUGCAGGCCGGGGUGGUGGGCGUAGAGUUCCGCGACAAGCUACUGUCCGCAGAGAAGGCGGUGACCGGUUACCAAGACCCUUACACGGGCACCCUCAUGUCCCUCUUCCAGGCCAUGCAGAAAGGCUUGAUCCUCAAGGACCACGGUAUCCGGCUCCUUGAGUCGCAGAUCGCAACGGGGGGGAUCAUUGACCCAGAGUACAGCCAUCGUCUGCCCGUCGAGGUGGCCUAUCAGCGAGGGCUGUUCGAUGAGGAGAUGAACCAGAUCCUGUCCGACCCCGGGGACGACACCAAGGGCUUCUUCGACCCCAACACAGAGGAAAACCUGACAUACCUGCAGCUGAUGGAGAAGUGCAUCAAAGACCCGAUCACCGGCCUGUGCCUCCUGUCACUCAAGGAGAAGAAGCGGGAGAGGAAGACUUCCUCCAAGUCCUCCGUACGGAAACGGAGAGUGGUCAUUGUGGACCCCGAGAAUGGCAAGGAGAUGUCGGUAUAUGAGGCGUACCGCAAGGGGUUGAUUGACCAUCAGACCUACAUGGAGCUGUCGGAGCAGGAGUGCGAGUGGGAGGAGGUCACCAUCUCCUCCUCGGACGGCGUAGUCAAGUCCAUCAUCACCGACAGGAGGUCUGGCCGGCAGUACGACAUCGACGACGCUCUGGGUAAAGGCCUAAUCGACCAGGGAUCCUUGGACCUGUACCGCUCCGGCACGCUGUCCAUCACCGAGUUUGCCGACAUGUUGUCAGGGAACAUGGGUGGCUUCCGGUCCAGGUCAUCGUCCAUAGGGUCCACCUCGUCCUUCCCUAUCAGCCCCCAGUCCAGCCCCAUGAAGGCCCAGUGGCAGGAUCCCACCGAGGAAACCGGGCCCAUCGCCGGCAUCUUGGACACGGAUACGCUGGACAAACUGUCCAUCACAGAGGCCAUGCACCGCAACCUGGUGGACAACAUCACGGGCCAGAGAUUUCUAGAAGCCCAGGCCUGCACAGGCGGCAUCAUUGACCCCAACACGGGCGAAAGGUUCUCGGUGACCGAGGCGGUGGGCAAAGGCCUGGUGGACAAGAUCAUGGUGGACAGGAUCAACCUGGCCCAAAAGGCCUUCAACGGGUUUGAAGAUCCCAGGACCAAGACCAAGAUGUCUGCAGCCCAGGCCUUGAAGAAAGGCUGGCUGUACUACGAAGCCGGCCAGCGUUUCCUGGAGAUUCAGUAUCUGACGGGAGGCUUGAUCGAGCCCAACGUGGUGGGCCGGGUCUCGCUAGAGGAAGCCUUGCAGAAGGGAACCAUCGAUCUCCGCACAGCCCAGAAACUCAGGGAUGUCCACGCCUACGUCAAGUACAUCACCUGCCCCAAGACCAAGCUCAAGAUCUCCUACAAAGAUGCCAUGGACCGCUCCAUGGUGGAGGAGGGCACGAGCGUGCGCUUGCUGGAGGCCUCGUCCCAAUCCACCAAGGGCUUCUACAGCCCCUACAGCGUGAGCGGAGCCGGCUCCGCCUCGGGUUCUAGAUCGGGUUCCAGAACCGGCUCCAGAACCGGCUCUCGACGAGGCAGCUUCGACGCCACCGGCUCCAGCUACUCCAUGUCCUUCUCCUCCUCCUCCCUCACGUCCUACGGCCGGCGGCUGGCCGGGGCCCCCGGGGGAGGCUCCCCACAAAUCACGGACCUUUCCCUGAGCCUGGCGGCGGCGCUCAAUACUGCCCUGCGUGGCUCCUGCCAACAGGGUCAGACACGACAGCUGGCAAUGGCAUAACCGCCCCCUCCUGACCCUGACCCCCUGCUCUACACACAGACUUAAUAUGCCACUCACCCACCUCCACCCCCACCCAACCCGCACCAUCCCUGUAGACCACGGGACCCUGACUGAUAUCUGACAAGUUCUUGACAAACACUGACCACCUCCCCUCACACUGACCCAGCCUCUCACACUGACCCCGCCUCUCAUAC